GUACCGACUGCCAUUAAGAGGUAAAUACUCUUUGGUUAGCGUGUUAUAAACAGAAAAGCGAGCUCAUCUGCAAUUUUUAGUAUCUUCAACUUCUCCAUUUUAUUGUCUCUUAUUGAAGAUUAGAGUUUCUCUCUCAGAGAACUGACCACAAUUGAAAGAUGCCCCUUAUAAAGUUACAAUCAUCUGACGGGGAGACUUUUACCGUCGAUGUUGAGAUUGCAAAAUGCUCCGUUACAAUAAAAACUAUGUUGGAAGAUUUAGGUAUGGAUGAGGAGGAAGAAGAGGUGGUGGCAUUACCAAAUGUGAAUUCUGCAAUUUUAAAAAAAGUUAUCCAAUGGGCAACCUACCACAAAGAUGAUCCACCACGGCCAGAGGAUGAUGAAAACAAAGAAAAACGAACAGAUGAUAUCUCAUCUUGGGAUGCUGACUUCUUGAAAGUGGAUCAAGGUACCCUGUUUGAACUGAUUUUGGCUGCCAACUAUCUUGAUAUAAAAGGUUUGUUGGAUGUUACAUGCAAAACUGUUGCUAAUAUGAUAAAGGGUAAAGCACCUGAAAAAACAAGAGCAUUGGCGCCACGUUGGCGUUACAUAUGGUCAUCCUGAUGCCACAUUUUAGGGCAAGAAACGAAGACGUGGACCAAUCAGGGACCUGGAUCGCGCUUUGGUAUGCAGAAUCCAAGGCGACGAUUAACAUCCCCAGGAAAUGGGGGUACCAUAAACCUGUAAGCUCGUAGCUGUUACCUUGUAAAUAUAUAACUUGUACAGCCAAAUUCAAUAUAUUAGUUAAGAAA